AUGCCCGCUCGCGUCUCCGCCCGUUCGACGUCCUCGACUACACGCAAGACGUCCGUCCAGCCCUCUGGACGAGCCGGUUCUGCGCCGCCAGUUUUCGUGAUCCCAGAAGAGCCGCCAUUGCCCGAAACAUCCCCCAACUUACGACGGGACGUGUGUUCGAUUUUCGCAGACGCCCAACGUUCGACCACCGGACACCGCAAGCUAGUCGUUCGCCUUCGGAAGUUGCAGGAGAUCUCUUGUGGGAUAUUGAAAAAGAAAUCUAAAGACAAACAAGAGCAAGAAGAACUUUCGCUGCCGAAUGAAGAGACCUAUCCUGAGAAGGAAUUCAACGUGGAGGUUGGCCGAUGUGUACUGCGGAUUCUCCCCAUUAAGAAAACAGAGCCUGUCGGUGAUCGCAUUCUGCGCUUUGUCGGCACUUUCUUGACACAUGCGUCGGAGAAAGAUGCUGAGCUGUUCGCUUCGGAAGAAGACGACGAUGUUUCUACUGAGACCCCGACGGCUCGUCUAGCAACCAGUCUUGUUGCGGUGGUGUCGCCGCUUUUGGUGGCCAAGGACAAGAUUGUGCGCUUCCGUGCUACACAGGUAAUAACGUUGAUUGUCAACUCGCUCGAUACUAUUGAUGACGACUUGUUUUAUACUAUCCGACAAGGCCUGCUGAAACGUAUCAGGGAUAAGGAGCCUUCUGUGAGGGUGCAGGCUGUGAUGGGUCUUGGGCGUCUGACAGGGAACGAAGAGGAUGAUGACAAUGACGAUAACAGUGCUCUUCUGGAGAAACUCAUCGAUAUUAUGCAGAACGAUACCAGUGGUGACGUGCGGAAGACGUUGCUUACCAACCUGCCUCUUUCUCCGGGAACGCUUCCCUACCUCCUUGAACGAGCCCGCGAUCUCGACGCUGCGACACGACGCGCAUUGUACUCUCGCCUACUUCCGACAUUAGGCGACUUCCGUCACCUUUCUCUAUCUAUGCGAGAAAAGAUGCUGCGGUGGGGUCUACGGGAUCGAGACGAGAGUGUUCGGAAGGCCACCGGCAAACUAUUCUAUGACCGAUGGAUUGAGGACUGCGCUGGUACAAGCAGGGAGAAUGAAGCGGAAGGAGGACCUGGAGCCCAACAACGUUCCCCACCAAAUAUCUCUGCACUUCUGGAGCUGCUCGAGAGAAUUGAUGUGGUCAACUCUGGUAUGGAGUCUGGCAUUGCCCACGAAGCCAUGCGUAGCUUCUGGGAGGGGCGUCCGGACUAUCGGGAGGCAGUAGUGUUCGAUGAACCUUACUGGGAGUCGCUGAACGGAGAGUCGUCGUUCCUCUUGCGCUCGUUCAACGACUUCUGCCGAGUUGAGCAUGAUGGGAAAUAUGACAGCCUCGCUGACGAUAAGAUGCCCGAGGUCAUUGCUCUGGCGCACUAUCUUCAAAAGUACUUGAAUGAACUUUUGGAGCGGAAGAAGACCGCCAAGGAGACUGGUGAGGCAAACGAUGAAGACAGCGUGGAGCAGGAAUUUGUCGUGGAGCAGCUGCUGCACAUUGCCAUCACCAUGGACUACAGUGACGAAGUCGGACGACGGAAGAUGUUCUCCUUGCUCCGAGAAUCGCUGGCCAUUCCCGAAUUGCCGGAAGAAACCACCAAGCUUGCCGUUGAGACCCUUAGAUGCGUCUGCGGUCCAGAUCUGUCUGCAGAGGCUGAGUUCUGCAGUGUCGUCUUGGAAGCCAUCGCUGAAGUUCACGACACCAUCGUCACGGAAGACAGCUUUGUCUCUGCCAAGUCUGAGAUUAGCGACGAUGCCUCUAGCCGUGCUCGGUCUGAGACGCCCGCGUCUGAAGUCUCUUUUAACAAGGACGAGGCUAAAGCUAAGGUUCUCAAGGAGAUCGUCGUCAACAUGAAAUGUUUGCAUAUUGCUCUUUGUAUGUUGCAGAACGUGGAAGGCAAUCUGCAGCAGAAUAUGAACCUGGUAACUAUGUUGAACAACUUAGUUGUUCCUGCUGUUCGGAGUCACGAGGCUCCUAUUCGAGAGCGUGGUUUGGAGUGCUUGGGUCUUUGCUGUUUACUUGACAAGACCCUAGCCGAGGAAAACAUGACGCUCUUCAUCCACUGCUACAGCAAAGGUCAUGAAGCCUUGCAGGUGACGGCCAUUCACAUCCUUUGCGAUAUGCUUACGACGCAUCACACGUUGCUUGCGCCCGUCACUCAGCCAGACGGCGAGACCGUUUCCCCACCGCCAUUCCAGAAACCCCUGUUGAAGGUCUUUGCCCGGGCGCUUAGGGCCAACUCCCCGAACGACGUGCAGACGGGCGCUGCCACCGCUCUGUCGAAACUACUGCUCACGGGUGCUUUCUCUCCUUCUGGACCCAAUGUGCCUCCGGCCAUUCAGGAAAUGAACCAAGCCGCCGUCGAAACACUCUUGUUGAACCUUGUGGUUUCCUUCUUCCACCCGCGGACCAAGGAAAACCCUGCGCUACGACAGUCAUUGGCCUACUUUUUCCCUGUGUACUGCCACUCGCGCAUCACAAACACGCAGCACAUGCAGCGGAUCACUGUCCCUGUCGUGCGUACUGUCUUGAACGCAGCUGAGGAGCAUUACUCCCUUGAAGCCGAAGAAGACAGCGAUGGCGAGAUUGACGAGACAAUCGGGCAACGCGAACUCAAAACACUAAUGACCGGUGUCCUGGGCAUGCUCGCAGAAUGGACCGACGAAAGACGAGUUGUAGGUCUGGGCGGAGAGAACGUCCUCAUCGGCGGUACAGCCAGCUCCAGCGCCUGCGGCUUCGUCCACCUAGCCGUGAUCAAGGACAUCCUGGAACGCGUCCUGGGCAUCAGCGCCGGCACCAACCGCUGCUCCAAGGAUGAGCGCAAACUCCUCUUCUCCCUCAUGAGCAAGCUCUACAUCGCACCCCCGCCACCACCACCCUCCCGCUCCGGCUCGCGCAACCCCGAAGGCGACGACCCCUUCCGCACAAGCACCCGAAGCAAUGGCGAAAUCGCACAGGAGAACAUCCAACUCGCACAGGAAGUCAAGGAGCUACUCGACCAGGCGAUCGAGGAAGGCGCUGCUGGCGACGCAACCGGUCGCAAUGCUCUGGUCAAGGCUAAGAACUCGGUGCUCAAAAUAGUGGCGACAGCGCAGGGCAUUCGAAUCCCAAGUAGGAUGGCUCGCGAGGGCACUGAAGAGGGCGAUAGCGAUAUGAUGAGUGUGAAGUCUGGGGCUAGCAGUGUGAGGUCGGGGAGUGUGCGACCAUCGAUUGAGCCGGGUUUGGCAAGGCGGAGGUUUUCUUUGGAGCCGAGUAUCAUUGAGGAAGAGGAGGAGGAGGGGGAUAGUCGGGGAACGAUUGUGAAGUCGGAGGUUCAGGAUGAUUGA